AUGGAAUGGCUUAACUGUUUCCCUGGCGCUAGGGUCAUUGUCCUGGAUUGGUUUUGUUCAGAUCAUAGGCCCCUCCUGGUUUGUUUCGAUUCUCUUAGUUCGGGUGAUAAGUGUGGUCUGAAGAAAAGAAAUACGCGAUUCCAUUUUGAAGAAGCCUGGUGUGAGGAGGAUCAGUGUAAUCACAUUGUCAGAGAGUGCUGGAAUUGGACUGGCCCUACUUCCAAUCCUGUGGGGGUUGUGGACAAAAUUCGUAUGUGUGGAGUUUCUCUUUGCAAAUGGAACAGGAAAAAGAAGAAGGAGUGGAAUAAAGAGAUGAAUUCUGCUAAGCGGAAGCUGGCUGUGUUAUCAAAGGCAAACAACCCUAACUUAUGGCGAGAGAUCAAGGAAACGGAGAACAAAAUCAAUUGCUUAUCUGAUAAGGAGGAGAUGUUCUGGUGUCAAAGAAGCAGGGCCCUGUGGUUGAAACUGAGGGAUCGCAAUUCUAAAUAUUUCCAUCAUAAGGCCUCUGCUAGAAGAAAGAAGAAUACGAUUUUGGGCCUUCAGGAUAGCUCGGGUUGCUGGGAAGAUGAUGAAGUGUUGGUGGAGAAGAUUAUCUGUGGCUAUUUUGAAAAUAUCUUUAAGUCCUCUAAUGCUAGCACUGACGACAUGGAGGCGGUUCUGGGAUGUAUUGAUCCAAAGGUUUCGCAAGAAACAAAUGCUCUCUUGGAGUGUGAUUUCUCGAGAGAAGAGGUGGUAAAUGUUAUUAAAAAUAUGAAUCCUACCAAGGCCCCUGGUACGGAUGGGUUACCGGCUCUUUUCUAUCACAAGUAUUGGGACAAUGUGGGGAGUGAUGUGGUGAAUGUGUGUUUGAAAAUCCUGAAUGGUGGUGGAUCGGUGGCUAGCCUUAAUGAGACCUUGAUUGCUCUCAUCCCGAAAGUGGACAAACCGGUUAAGAUUGAGCAGUUCCGGCCUAUUAGCCUAUGUAAUGUUAUUUAUAAGAUUAUCUCGAAGUGUUUGGCGGAUAGGAUGAGGAGUUCUCUGGUUGACACCAUCUAUGAAGCUCAAAGUGCUUUUGUUCAGGGCAGAGUUAUCCAAGACAAUGCGAUUAUCGGAUUUGAAGGAUUACAUUGUAUGAGGAAGAAUUUGUAUGGGAAUGGUUCAAAAUUGGCCCUUAUGCUGGAUAUGGCUAAAGCUUAUGAUAGAGUGGAAUGGAAGUUUAUUGAAAAAGUCAUGAUUAAAUUGGGGUACAGCCGUCUUUGGGUGGAUAAGGUGAUGAGAUGCGUUCGGUCUGUGCGAUUUUCUGUGUUGCUUAAUGGAGAUAUUAAGGGAAGCAUCAUCCCCUCUCGUGGUCUGAGACAGGGAGAUCCUUUGUCUCCUUUUCUAUUCCUGUUUUGUGCUGAAGCUUUCUCUGCCUUGUUUCGUAAAGCUGAAGCUGAUGGUUGUAUCUCGGGCCUCAGAUUUGGGAGGGGUUCUCUCUAUGUCUCUCAUCUCUUCUUUGCUGAUGACAGCCUGAUUUUCUUGGAUGCCAAUCGAGGGAACUAUUUGAAGUUUUUGGAGAUAGUGAGUGCCUAUUCUAAGGCGUCGGGGCAGCUUAUAAAUUUUGAUAAAUUAGAGGUGUGUUUUGGUAAGUUGGUGAAUCUGGAUGAUAGGUCUCAACUCGCUAACCUUUUGAAGGUGAAGUUGGUGGAAAACUUUGGGAAAUAUCUGGGUCUCCCCUCCUUUGUUGGGCGAAAUAAACGUGAAGUCUUUGAUAAUAUAAGAGAUAGAGUUUGGAAAAGAUUGAAGGGCUGGAAAAGGUCUCUGUUUUCCGCUGCGGGAAAGGAGGUCCUCAUAAAGGCAAUCAUACAGGCUAUUCCUACGUAUGUUAUGAGUUGUUUCAAAAUCUCUAAAAAGAUUAUUGAUUGCCUUCAUAGUAUGGCGGCUAGAUUCUGGUGGGGCUCCACUGAGAAAAAGAGGAAAAUCCACUGGUGCAAAUGGGAGGUCUUGUGUAGGCAUAAAGGUAGGGGAGGUCUUGGAUUCAGGGACUUACAUUUUUUUAAUCAAGCAAUGCUUGCCAAACAGUGCUGGCGUUUCCUUAGGAAUCCUUCGUCUCUCUGUGCUAAGGUUUUGGUGGCUUGCUAUCACCCUUCUACUAGCAUUAUUGAAGCAAAGUGCGGGUCGAAGGCUUCCUCGGUCUGGAGAAGUCUUAUGUGGGGAAACUCGAUUAUUAAACAAGGCUCUAGGUGGCGCAUUGGGGAUGGUAAUAAUGUUAGAAUCUUGGAGGACCCUUGGAUCCCCCGUCCUCGCUCCUUCAUGGUUUAUGACAAGCCGUUCUUACCUAGUGGCCUUCGUGUCAUUGAUCUAAAAAAGAAUGAUGGUUGCUGGGAUGUGGAGAUGAUCAAGUGUUUGUUUAAUGAAGAGGACGCGAUGCUCAUUUUGGGCAUUCCUUGUUCUGAGCAUCAUUUGCCUGACAAACUUUUAUGGCAUUUUACAAACAAUGGUGAAUAUAGUGUGAAAAGUGGGUACCAUCUAGCCAUGAGUUCUAAGCCUUUUCCUGAGUGUUCAGAGAUGGGUUUGAAUGAGGCACUGUGGAAAUCAAUUUGGGAGUUGAGAGUCGCAAAUAAAAUCAAACACUUUUUUUGGAAACUUGGCCAUUCAUGGCUUCCUACUAACUUUUCUUUGUUUUGCAGGAAUAUUAACUCAUCUGCUACUUGUAACAGAUGUUCUUGUGGGACCCAGGAGGAUGUUGUUCAUGCUUUGUGGAAGUGUGAGGCUAGUACUAAGAUUUGGAAAUUGGUCAACUUCUGGAAAGUGGUCAAAGGGUGUAACAAAAAAGACCCCCUUUUAUUUUUUGACUUCAUGCGUAAUACACUUACAAAAGAAAACUUGGAGCUUUUUGUGGUAAUAUCGUGGCAGAUCUGGCACCUCCGAAAUAGAGCUGUUCUGGGAGAUUUCAUGCCAAAUCCUAGAGAUGUUGUUGAGUGGUGCUUCGGGUAUUGGUCGAAUUUUUUGGAGGUGUCUUGCAAAAGGGGGAGUCAUGGGCUUCAGAAAGAUCCUCCCAGGUGGAAGCCUCCGCCUACUGGUGGGGUAAAAUUAAAUGUUGAUGUAGGCAGGUCCUCGGAUGGCUGGGAGUGGAGUACGGCGGUGGUGGCCAGAGAUGAGCAAGGCGCGUGCUUGGGGGCAAAGGGCGUAAUGGUUUGCUUCCCUCUCCUUCCUGUUGCGGCCGAGCUUUUAGCAAUCAAAGAGGGUAUUCAAUUUGGGGCUGCUUUGGGUUUGGAGAAUUUUACUAUCGAAUCAGAUUGUUUGAAUGCUGUUUUGUUGGUUAAUAACAAGAAUGUUUGCUGUAGUGAUCUUGAAGGUUUGGUCUGGGCCAUUAAAUCGCUGGUGUCUUCGACGGGUUGCAGAGGUAUUUCCUUUGAAGGCAGGAGCUCCAAUUCUGUGGGUCAUCUUUUAGCAAAAUACACUAUGGAUUCUGGUGUCAAUGCUGUUUGGAAUGGGUUAAUUCCCUCUGUUGCUUUGUCUGCUCUUGAGGUAGAAAAGCCAAUUCCUUUGUAA